AUGCAUUCUUGUCGCUUUUUGGCGCCCCUUUUGGGCCCAAAAAGGGGCCCCGGGGGCCCCCUUUGGGGGGGGGCCCCCCGGGGGCUGCGCAUGUACCCCCCGCCCCACAACAGGCGCAUGCACAGACACCCGGACCCUGCAGCAGCAGCAGCAGCUCCUCCUCCCCACAUUCCCCUGCCGCCGCCUGCCCAGCAGCAGCAGCAGCAGCAGCAGCAACAGCAGCAGCAGCAGCAGCAGCAGCAGCAGCAGCAGCAGUGGCAGCAGCUUUCGUUUGCAGGCGCUCCAGCGUCUCCGGCUGCAGCGGCUGUUGCGGCUCCCACCCCUGGCUGGCCCACCGGGGGCCCCCUGGGGGGCCCCCUGGGGGGCCCCCUGGGGGGCCCCCUGGGGGCCCCAGGGGCCCCUGGGGGGCCCCCAGAGGGGCCCCCAGGGGGCCCCGCUUUGACUGAUAUUAUUAAGGGCCAUGUGGCGGCGCAGCGGUGGAUGCAGCAAAGGAUGUGGGGGGCGCUGACGCGGCGUCAGUGGCCGCUGUUGGAGCGUUUGUUUUCGAAUUACUGGCGCUGCGGGCUUAACUAUGACGAGGUCACUUACACCCUAAAGCUGCAUGCGUACAUUUUGAACCACCGGGCCAAGCCCGAAAAGGCUUUUCUGGUUUUGGAAGAAAUGAAAGCAGCAAAUAUGCACCCGGCGAUUGUGCGGCUGAACGAGGUGCUGUCUGGGAUCGUCGUCUCCCAGAUGGAGCUGCAGGACAUUUUCUGCGCGCUGCCUUCGGCGGCUUACCAGAACCUCGCGAGGCUUUCUUUUCACAGUUCUGUGAAACGUGCUGGCGCUGCUGGACUCCACCGCUCACUUUGCUUCCCAGAAGCUUCUCUGAGUCUCAUUGCUGCAGAGCAGCAGGCGGAGUUUGCUGCCAUUUCAGGUGUACGUACACCUGAAAACCAGCCCCUAAACGCCCCCCUCUUGGCUGCACUGACGGAAGCUUUGGGCCUUCAAGAAGAACUUUCUGAGAGCAGCGCAGCAACAAGUCACGAGCUGCAGCAGCUGCAGCAGCUGCAGCAGCUGCAGCAGCUGCAGCAGCAGCACGGGCUGCAGCAGCAGCACGAGCUGCAGCAGCAGCAGCAGCUGCCGCUCGCAGAGCUGUCCAGACACUUGAGCGACCUCGACGAAGCAGAAGAGGGGCCCAUUGAUGCCGCAGAGUUGGAGUGUAUGUACACCUCAGAGGAGGCGAUGGGGGCCCUCCCAGGGCCCCCACCAGCUGCUGCUGCAGCAGCAGCAGCAGCAGCAACAACAACAACUGCUGCUGCUGCUGCUGCUCCGUCUCUGUCCGACCUGCAGCCCCUAAAGCCCCGCAACAGCCGCGGCCGCGGCAGCUGA